AAUACAGGGCAAAUCAUGCUUCUGUCCCUUCAGUGCACUGGGAACCUUCAUGGAUUAUAAUCUGGCUAAUUCCACCUUCCUCUGAAACUAACAACUGAAGAGCAAAAGGACCACUAAAUUAAAGCUAAAACAAUUAGAAGGAAACAUGGUCGGAUUUAAACCCUCAGAUGUUCCUCCACCUUUGGGGGUGAAGAUGGUGAGCGCUGGGGCGGCAGCUUGUGUGGCAGACAUCGUCACAUUUCCUUUGGACACAGCCAAAGUCAGGUUACAGAUUCAGGGUGAGAAGAAAGCAGUGGAAGGCAUUCGCUACAGGGGGGUGUUUGGGACCAUCAGCACCAUGAUCCGAACAGAGGGGCCCAGGUCGUUGUACAACGGGCUGGUGGCCGGCUUACAAAGACAGGUCUGCUUCGCCUCCAUCAGAAUCGGUCUCUAUGACAACGUCAAAAACUUCUACACAGGUGGAAAAGACAAUCCAAAUGUUUUGAUCCGGAUAUUGGCCGGCUGCACAACAGGCGCCAUGGCAGUGUCCUUUGCACAACCCACAGAUGUAGUCAAGGUUCGAUUCCAGGCCCAGAUGAACCUGAACGGUGUGGCCCGCCGAUACAGCGGCACGAUGCAGGCCUACAGGCAGAUCUUCCAGAACGAGGGCAUGCGUGGCCUCUGGAAAGGAACGCUACCCAACAUCACGAGAAAUGCACUGGUCAACUGCACGGAGCUGGUCACAUAUGACCUGAUCAAGGAGGCCAUCCUCAGACACCAGCUGCUGUCAGACAACCUGCCGUGCCACUUUGUGUCUGCGUUCGGUGCUGGCUUUGUUACCACGGUGAUCGCUUCGCCAGUAGAUGUGGUGAAAACGCGAUACAUGAACUCUCCUCCAGGACAGUACAGGAGUGCCAUAAACUGCGCAUGGACCAUGUUGACCAAAGAGGGACCAACAGCUUUUUACAAGGGGUUUGUACCUUCAUUUCUGAGGUUGGGAUCGUGGAACGUUGUGAUGUUUGUGACAUUUGAGCAAAUAAAGCGCGCCAUGAUGGUCUCAAGACAAAGGAUUGAGGUGGUAAACUAAGACCCUCCCCCUUCGCUUCCAUUUUCAACCUUCAUCUGCCCUCUGGACGCCCUCUGGACACACGUUUGCACUUUAGAGCCAGCACAUCAAGUGAAAUCUGCCAGUUAUACAUUCCAUGAAGUGAAAACCAGUGCACAUUCUAUUGCUUUUUAACAAAAUGUUAAAACAGCUUUCUAUAAAUCCUAAAUAUAUUUGACUUGUUUUACAGAU